AUGGCGUUACGAGAGCUGCCAUCUGCUUUGCGGCAGCUGGUUACAAGGGACUUACGGCCCACGUCGAUAUCGGCAGCAUUUAUCGCGCGGCGAUAUGCUUCUGGGCAAGCUGCUGCAAUCCAGGAGGCAUCGGAGGAUCUCAAGGAUCUCGAAUCGCAAUCAGCAUUGACUUCGACUGAAAUCUCCCAUGAGACAAUAGAUGCAUACGACCCUAUAAAGAGAUCUCAGGGCCGCAAAAGAGAGCUUCCAGCCAGUCGAUACCAAUAUCGAUCACCAAGAUACUACAGAGGACCUCUACAUCCUCAUCAACCUCCUCCAACCUCUGACCCUGCCUCGCGACAAUUCGUACCCGGUCCCUUCGCCCGCACCCGUCUCGAACAAACAUGGCAAUCCACCAUCGCUCCUGAUCUAAUGACCUUGGGAUACGUUCACAAACCCCCCGGAACCAUUGACGCCCCCAAAUCAGACCGAUUGAGAAGCUGGGAUGACUCCUCUCCAUACCACAAGAACAGGCCCAAGCGUGGGCCUCGAGGUCCAGAAGGUGUGCUCAGACUGAUUGAGAAAGACAUCAACUUCCGCAACAUCCCUAAGAUCGAAGGAGUGACAAUACACUCUAUGGUCAAAGGUGCGAUGGAAGACUCAACCCAUCUGCAUGUAGCUGGGAUGGUGCUGCAAUCGGUGAGUGGGGUACGUCCAAAGGUUCAUAGGGCAAAGCAUAGUGUUGCGCAGUUUGGGAUUCGGGAGAGGACGCCUAUUUCUUUGACUUGUGGGCUGCGUGGGAAUCAGGCAAUUGAGUUUGUGGAUAAGUGCAUCAAUAUCGUCUUCCCGAGAUUGAAGGAUUGGGAGGGUAUCGAGGGUACGACUGGUGAUAGCAGUGGGAAUAUCGCUUUUGGUUUCAGCAGAGAGGGUGCGAUUCUAUUUCCAGAGGUGGAAAUCAAUUACGAUAUGUACCCACCAAGGUUGAUUCCCGGUUUCCACGUUAUAAUCCAUACCACCGCCACUUCAGACAGGCACGCGAGGCUACUCUUGAGCGCAAUGGGUGUUCCCUUCAAGGGAAAGUUGGUGGAUUAA